AAGCUACUGCGCUGCGUCCAUCAAAGCAGUCGAAGAACGGUUCUUGUCCUCUGUUCAUCUGCAAGCGAACAAUCAGCAAACAUGAAGCUCAACCUGGCACUGGCUGCUUUGAUUGGAAUGGUUGCCAUGGUUCAUGGCCAGCAACAAAUCAACCAGGAGUGUUUCAACCGACCAAACGAUAAGAAUCCAAUGGAGUGUUGCAGGGCCCCAAAUAUUAUGCCGCCAAGGGAAGAGCUCAUCACCUGUAUGCAGAAGUUCCCGAAGCCAAGUGGUCCACCAACUCCGGGCAGUCCUCCUCCUGGUCAUAAUUGCAUGGCAGAGUGCAUGCUCGAACAGCAAGGAAUUAUGAGCGGUGGAGCGCUGAGCAAGGAUACGGCCACAAGUAAAUUGGUUGCACUGGUCGGUUCAUCUUCCGAAUGGCAGGCAGUUGCCAGGAAAUCCAUCGAGACGUGCUACUCGCAAGUGUCCUCGUUGGGCGGACAGAAGGACAGCCUCGGGUGCAGUGUUAUGGCCGGUAGCUUCAUGGAGUGUAUGCCCUCGAUGAUGUUCACGAAUUGCCCUUCCUCGGCUUGGACCGCCAGCGCUGAAUGCGAUCAGCUGAAGGCACAUUUGCAGAAGGGAUGCCCACUGAUGACCCUGUUCAAGGGACCUCACCCGCAUUAAAUUGAUGGCUUGACGUAAAUCACUGGGGAUCUGCUGUUUGGAAUGAUUAAAGUUGUGAAACAUGAAACUGCA